GAACAAGGCAGGAGCUCCGCUCUGGUCAGCAGUCCACGCCUCCGCGCUGCUACAGUGUUGUUGGAGGAGCCGAACAGGAGCUGCUCUCAUCGAGAAAUUAAUGACAUCCUGCUGCGAGUCUUCGGCUGCCCCAAAUGUCCACUUUCCUACAUCCACUAGCUCCACAAGCUCAUCAGGAGAUUCUAUCACAAGGAAUAUGUUAGACUGGUGAAACUAGACAAAAUUAAAUGUGAGAAUAUGGCGUCCAGAAGAAUCUCCAGUAUGAAGAAGACCUCCGCUGGUUCUCUCCACACUAGAACACCCCACAGACAGAUCCAGAAACAUGCAGAGAAGGAGAGAACACACCACUGCCUGGAGUGUGGGAAGAGUUUUACCCAGCAGGGCCACCUUAGAGAACAUCAGCGCAUUCACACUGGAGAGAAGCCGUAUCAGUGCUCAGUGUGUGGGAAGAGCUUCACUCAGCAGAGUCAUCUGAAGGGGCACCAGCACAUUCACACGGGAGACAAACCGUAUCGCUGCUCAAUGUGCACGAAAAGCUUUACUCGCCACAAUUAUUUACUCAUACACCAGCGCAUGCACACGGGAGAGAAGCCGUAUCAGUGCUCAGAGUGUGGGAAGAGUUUUAUUCGACUGAGUUACUUACAGACACACCAGCUCAACCACACAGGAGAGAUGCCCUAUCAGUGUUCAGACUGCGGAAAAGGUUUCAGUGAAAAGAGCAAUCUUAAAAAACACCUCCUCAUCCACACAGGAGAGAAGCCGUACUGCUGCUCAGAGUGUGGGAACAGGUUUCGAUACGGAGACACUCUCCGAAAACACCAACGCAUCCACACAGGAGAGAAGCCCUUUCAGUGCCCUGACUGUGGGAAGAGGUUUACUCAAAGGAGUCACUUGAGAACCCACCAGCACAUCCACACCGCAGAGAAGCCGUAUCAGUGCUCAGACUGUGGGAAGAUCUUCACCGUGAAGAGUUACCUCCAGCAACACCAGCGCAUCCACUCCGGAGAGAAACCGCAUCACUGCUCGGACUGCGGGAAGAGCUUCACUCUGAAGAGUCAGCUCCAAAGACACCAGCGCAUCCACACCGGAGAGAAACCCUAUUACUGCUCAGACUGUGGGCGGAGCUUCCGGCAUUUGAUUACUUUACAGCGUCACAAGUGCGUUAUGAAGGAGGAGGAAACGCAUUGAUUUACACAUUCAAGAAUACGCAAUAUUCAAUAACACAUUCAUUUGAUGAAUAUUUAUCUCCAAAGUGGAAACUUUACAGGAGACAGAAAAAACAUACUUUACUUUUAAUUAAGUUAAUGUAAUCAUACAUUUUCCAAGUAAUUUUGGGCUGUUUCUUUUGGUCUGCAUGAAAUGUACGCACAAAUCUGGGAUUUUUAAAUAAACAUUCAUCUUUUAGAAUUCCAAAAACUUUCAAAAUAAGAAAAUUUAUGACAUACAGCAAAGAAGAAAAGCUGAAGAUUCUGCAUUGUUUCUAGGCCUCUAUUUAAAUGUAAGCACAUUUAUGACAUCGACUAUGUUGGGACUUUCGGAUGAAAAGGUCAGAUUUUUUUUGUACCAAAUACUGAAAAAUUCUGAAAUUCACAUUAAA